CUUAUGUCCUGCUCUUAUUAAUUGGUCGUCAUCGAGCCAACGCUCGACUUUUCGCCGAGUCCUAACUUCACACAAAGCCAACCAAUCCGAGCGGCGUCGCGUGCUCGUCACACGUCGUUGCUACUCCGAUGGCGCAGCGCCUCUUCUCCUCCGCGACCUCCAUCGCCUCCCUCCUCCCCAAGCGCGGCGCUGCAAAGCCCCGAACCCUAAUUUCAUCUUCCCCUCGCCCCUCCAUCGCCCGAUCCCUUCUCUCCACCUCCUCCUCUUCCUCCUCCCUCCUCCGCUCCCCUUGGCCACUCUCUUCUCAGCACCCCCGCAUCCUACAGAUCCCGGCGAUGGGCCGUGGGAUCAGCUCGGCGGCGGCGGCGACGUUCUCGUCGUCGGAUCCGGCGCAGCUGAGGAGCGCGAGGGAGGACAUCAAGGAGCUCCUUAAGGCCACCUUUUGCCACCCGAUUCUGGUUCGUCUGGGAUGGCAUGAUGCUGGUACUUAUGACAAGAACAUCACAGAGUGGCCGCAAAGAGGAGGAGCUAAUGGAAGCCUGAGAUUUGAAGUAGAAUUGAAGCAUGGAGCAAAUGCUGGUCUUGUAAAUGCCUUAAAGCUUAUCCAGCCUAUCAAGGACAAGUAUUCUGGCAUAACUUAUGCAGAUCUAUUCCAGCUAGCCAGUGCUACAGCCAUUGAGGAAGCUGGUGGACCAAAGAUUCCGAUGAAGUAUGGGAGGGUUGACGUUAGCGGACCUGAACAAUGCCCACCCGAGGGGAGGCUUCCCGCUGCCGGCCCACCUUCACCUGCUGAUCACUUAAGGGAGGUGUUCUACAGAAUGGGCCUAACAGACAAGGAGAUAGUUGCAUUAUCUGGAGCACAUACACUGGGAAGGGCUAGACCAGAGCGAAGUGGCUGGGGAAAGCCCGAAACAAAGUACACAAAAGAUGGACCUGGAGCACCUGGGGGGCAGUCGUGGACCGUUCAGUGGUUAAAGUUCGAUAAUAGCUACUUCAAGGAUGUCAAAGAACGAAGAGAUGAAGACCUUCUAGUUUUGCCCACUGACGCUGUAUUAUUUGAGGACCCAUCAUUCAAGGUCUAUGCUGAGAAAUAUGCAGAGGAUCAAGAUGCAUUCUUUGAGGACUAUGCUGAAGCUCAUGCUAAGCUCAGUAAUCUUGGUGCAAAAUUUGAACCUCCAGAGGGUAUCUCAAUAUGAUGACACGGAGGCUCCAGCACCGUAUGGUGAAGUAAGUUGGUAGCUUCUUAACUCUGUGUUUUGUUAUUAUGUGUAUCCUCCUACCGCUUCAAGGAGUCGUUCAAGCUUAAGACAUGCUGCUUUGCUUCCUAAAGACUUGAAGGCUUGGAGGGAUAAAAAAAAGCAAUCAUCUUUUGUUCUGCCACAUCGUUUAAUAAUAUCAGACGAAGCGCUUUUUUUUUUAACAAUGCGUAAAUACUUUUAACUUCUUAAGUUCUGGUGAAGAUGAGAGAAAAUUUAUAAAAUUGAGGCUACAUUUUGAUAUGUUUACUUGGAAAUUGAACUUUGUUCUAUGCCUUUAUUUUGUCUUUAAUGUUCCCCUGGCGGCAUAUUGCUUUUGGACAAGGAGAGGGCCAUUCUUAUAUAUGUACAAUUACAAAAUAGAAUCUUA